UAAUAAAUAGAUUGGCGACAGGUCCUCCUGGCGUCUACCGACGAGCCGCUCAGCCUCACUCACGCACAGAGACUUCUUUUUGCCUAGUGGCAGGGAAGUUGUACCAGCCACGCCUGAUUGCUUGGAAUCUUUCGUUAUGCUGUAGUUGUCGAUUAAUUUCACACCACCAACAUCUCUAAGCUAGGAGGAGAAAUGCAGUACCUGUAGGGUAAUUUUUCUACUAGUUUAAAUACGCCACCUUAUUGCAGGUGUCCCUCAUUCACAUCGUGUUUAUCGCUCUUUUAACCCACAAUAUAAUCGCCACAGGCUUGCAAACUCUUGAUUGAAAGACUGAUACUCGAGCCUCUCUCCCGUCAUCGAUCGCCCCACCACCUGGCUGGGAGGAAAGAGACACCGGGAAGAGUGACUUGUGUCCUGACGAUGGUAACUUUAGUGGUCCUUCACUGAACUAGGAUAUCGACCUUGAGGAGCAGCAGCGGGGUGGUGAACGCCUAAUUGUGCGGGAUACUUAAGUUGUCAGGUGUCGUGAGGGGAAGCAGAAGCAGCAGCAUUAGCGGUAUCAGUGAACGUUAGUGUGUGAAGUGUAUUGGCCCAGUGUCUUCAGCCUUUUCCCGGCGAGAGACAACAGAGCUUUACUCCGCACGUGCAAGCAUAGAGGCGCCUUGUGACGCCCCCACCACCCAGGCAGCGAGGGUCGUGCAGACUGGCGUAGCGGCAGAGAGGGACACGCUACCGACCCUCACACACUCGCCAUCUUAGUGGAAAACUCUCCAGGCUUAUCUCUCGAGUGCGGCAGGAGGUGGCGUGGGUGUCCCUGCGCGUGCCCCUUGCCUUGAGAGUGUGCCCUGGGGGUGUGGGAGUGGGAUGAGGCGCCACAGAUAACCCUCGGGGGCGGUGGCGCUGCAGCACUCACCCACCCCCUCCCCCCGGCCCCUGCCAUCCCUUGAUACACGGUUCGCGUGAUGGAGCGGCGGCUGGAGUGGAGCGGCGGCAGCGUUGGUGCUGGAGGAGGAGAAGGAGGUGGAGGAGGAGGCGGUGGAGGAGGUGAGGGAGGAGCAGGGAGCAGCGAAGAAAUGGAGGACGUGGAGGUCCUUCAGGUGGAGAUGGAAGAGAAAGAAGCGGUCAUUACUACGCUCUCCACGCAGGUGGAAGAACAGAGACAACUCCGCCUGCAAGACGCCAAGAAGGUGGAGGCGAAGGCGGCGAAAAUCAAAGAAUGGGUCACUAACAAGCUGAAGGAGCUUGAGGACCAGAACGCCCACCUGCGGGAGCAAAACGCGAAAUGCAACGUUCAGCUGGAACUUCUGCGCGGCCGCUUGGCUCACCUCUCCACCAUGCACACAGAGAGGGACAGAGACACAGAGAGGUUAUGGAAAAGGAGAUCCCUAAGUCUGCCUAAGGACUCCUCCCGGGGCAGCUAUGAGGGGGACAGACCCGACAGUGAUGAGUCUCUUCCUGAUGGUCGAAAUGAAGCUGAUUACAUACCAUCCCGUCCAGCCACCCUUGGCCGAGACCGCCGAUCAAAGUCAAGAUCCCCAGCAGGUUUGAGAAGGGCCAGUUCUAGUGACACAGAUGCUAACUAUGGAGAAAUUCGCUUCAAAUCUCGACACAAUGGACCCCCUCGCACCAACCUCGAGAGACGGCGCUAUGAUGAGGACAAAAGAACCAGAGACUCUCGUGUGGAUUCAGGUUCAGUGGAUCUAGAAACACCACAGAGCCUCAGUCCAAAAAGUCCACUUGAGGUGAUGCUGAACAGCCUAACACAGAGCACAGGCAGUUUACCAAGAAGUCGAGGAGACAGUCCAAGAAAACCAGUGCCCCAACCCCGCACAAAGCACUUGAAAAAGGGCGGGAGUGUGCCUACUUAUGUUACCAAAAGUGCUGAUAGUCUUGAUCUUGAACUUGACAGUUAUGACAACACUGAGAGCACAGACUCAAGUCAGUUAGCACGUUCUGGGGACAGUCACCUGAGUGAUGAGGGCAGGCGAUCCAGAGCAAAAGAUGAACUCCAUGACUAUAGUGAGAUAUACACUCCAAGCAGGGAUCAAACUGCCUGGCCUGCAGAGGCCGAGGCUAAUGGAGAGAAGCCGCCCACUCCACCAUUGCACCGCUUUCCAUCUUGGGAAUCAAGAAUAUAUCAGGUGGCACAAGAGGGUUUGUCAGGGUCAGGUGGUGCAGGGCCAGGGGAGGCUGGCAGUAGAGUGAGAACCUCAGGUCUGGGGAGCUACCCAGAGAUCCACGUCCCUGUGUAUGCUGCUGUCAAGGGGCGAGCCAGUCAAAUCCGUUCUGUUCCAUUCACUGGGGAUUCAUCAGACUCCUCAGAUGGAGAGGAUCACUGUGGGGGAUCGGACUCCAGAGGCCUGUCCUCCCAUACUCCCUCCUCCUCAGCUGAGUCAUCAUCCAGCUCACCCUCCAAAAGCAAAACAUCAUCUCUGUCUCCAGCAAAGCUUUCAGGCUCUUCACCUUCCAAAAGCAUGAGGAGAGACAGCAGUCGGUUAUCUCAGGAUUCAGAUGAUUAUGCCGAUUAUGCCAUCCCACCCGAUGCUAUGCCAGAUUCUAUACCAGAUUCAGUGCCCUCCUUAAGACUGCCGGAUACAUCCUUUGAGUCUGGCGUGUCCGAUGAUUAUGCAAUCCCACCAGAUGCCCGAAGUGACAGUGGAUCGCUAGAAUCAACUAUGGCACCCACCAUCAGUGCCAGGACAUCUUGUGUUGAAACAACCACUAAUACUCUUACAUCAAGCCACAUCGGUACUGUGUCUCCCCGUCGGGAGAGUUCUUUGGAAAAGAUGGGUUACUUGACCAAACUUGGAGGGAAACUUAAGACAUGGAAAAAGCGCUACUUUGUAUUAAAGGAUGGAACUCUAACUUAUUGGAAAAGUCAGAGUGACAUACAUCGGAAACCAGCUGGACAGAUAACACUGAAUGAGGUGUGCCGAGUAACAAGAUCUGAGGGGGCACACACCUUCGAAGUGAAUACUGGCAAAAAGACGUACUACCUCACUGCAGAUAAUACAGCCCUUGUUGAAGACUGGGUCAGAGUUCUUCAGAAUGUGCUCAGAAGAAAUGCCACUAAAUUGUUGCUCAGUAAAGAAGACAAUAAGCCAACCUUGCAGGGAUGGCUCACCAAAGUCAAACAUGGUCAUGCACGUCGCUGUUGGUGUGUUCUCAUUGGGAAAAUGUUUAUUUAUUUUAAGAAUCCCAAUGACCAGAAUCCUAUAAGCCAAAUCAAUAUGCGUGAUGCAAGAGUGGAGGAAGUGGAGAAGGUGUCUGACUCUGAAGGAGAGGAUGCAGCAGAUGAUGACACACCAAGGGAAGAUUUAACCAUUGGCAUAUUUCCUUCACACCAAGGUCCAACCUACCUCAUCAUGCCAAAUAAGCAAGAAAAGGACAAUUGGCUGUACCACCUCACAGUGGUGUCGGGUGGAGGUCCCAAUGCUGGUACUCAGUAUGAACAGCUGGUACAGAAGCUAAUGGAGCUUGAUGGAGAUGCCAACUGUGUUUUGUGGCGACACCCACUGUUGCUGCACAGUAAAGAUCCCAUCACAUCUCCUCUUACCUCCCUUCCAUCUUCACAACUUCAGGCUGAAGCUAUAAAGCUAUUUAAGGCCUGCCAACUUUAUACAUCAGUCUUAAUGGACUCAUCUGGUAUAGACUAUCAUGUGGUUCUGUGUCAGAAUGCUCUCCAGCAGUGCCUCACGUACCCAGAACUACAGUCAGAGCUCUUCUGUGCUCUGAUCAAACAGACAUCGAAACACCUUCAAGCCAAACCAGGGGUCCAGGUAACCAAGACUCUGAACAAAAUCAAGCACUCCCGAAACCUGCUUCUUUGUGCAACACAAUCACUGUUUCUGUGUGAUUCCUCGGGUGCACAAAAAGCCUCACCCACCCUGGGGAGUGGACAGCCACUGCCAGCUGAUCCCAAGAUCAACCCUCCAUCCUACACAUUCAUUCAGGGAUGGCAGUUCCUGGCACUGGCUGUUUCACUCUUUGUUCCUAAAAACAACAAGUUGCUGUGGUAUCUCAAACUUCAUCUGGAGAGAAAUGCAGAUACUAAAUCUGAGGUAGGAAAAUAUGCUGCAUAUUGCCAGCGAGCCCUUGAGCGAACCCUAGAACAUGGAGGUCGUGAAGCCAAACCUUCCCGUAUGGAAGUUCUCUCUAUCCUGCUAAAGAACCCAUACCACCAUUCCCUGCCCCAUGCUAUACCCGUCCACUUCAUCAAUGGAACAUACCAAGUGAUUGGCUUUGAUGGUUCAACAACCAUUGAAGAGUUCCUGUCAUCACUGAACCAUGAGAUAGGGUGUCGGGAUGUUCAACAGUCAGGAUUUGCUCUCUUCUCAGAUGAUCCCAUUGAGAAGGACCUUGAACACUGUCUGAACCGAAAUGCUAAGCUAUGUGAUGUUAUAUCCAAAUGGGAGACAGCACUGAGAGAAAAGGGCUCUGGAAAGUUUGAAAAUACCAAAGUUAUACGUCUCCUUUAUAAGUCUCGAUUAUAUUACCGAGCUGCUGCUAAGCAUGAAACUGACAAGGAAAAGUUGCUGCUGUGCUACCAAGUAAACCAACAGAUACAGCAGGGCAAGUUCCCGAUUACCUGGGAAUUAGCACUAGAAUUAGCAACACUCAUGGCACAGAUUGACAUGGGAGAAGUGAACAGUGAGAGGUCCAGAGGGUCAGGUUCAUCAGGCCCCUCAACGGCACACGUCCAGCAGGCAUUCAACAAGUUCUAUCCUGCCAGAUACAGGGAAGACCUUUCAGAUGAGGACACCAAAAACUUGCUUGAUAGUUUACAAGAAAAGUGGGUCAGUCUACGAGGAAGGUCACAGAGUGACUGUGUACGCAUUUAUUUGACCUGUACUAGGAAAUGGCCUUAUUUUGGGGCUACACUCUUCCCUGCUGCUACUCCUUCUCCUGAUGGCCCUCCAACCCCUGUGUGGGUGGCAGUGAGUGAGGAUGCCAUCUCCUUGCUGGACUACACCACAAUGGUGUCUGUAGGAAGAUAUGGAUAUAGCUCUGUUGUUACUUUUGGUGGAUGUCAAGAAGAUUUCAUGUUAGUGGUACAUACACCUGAAGAGGACAGUGCCCAUCACCCUCCAGGCACACACAAGCUUUUGUUGUGUAUGAACAAACCAAAGAUCCUUGAGCUGACUCUCCUGAUAGCAGACUACAUGAAUGCCCUUGGCCGCCCCAUCCCCGGCACCCCCCAGACAGGCACCCUGACCCGUCAUGGAUCCAGAAGGUCGGCACGCUCACACAUAACCUCCAUCCCAGGGCAGCCUGAUCUGCUCAAGAUGACAACGGAAGUAGAUCACAAGCUGCAGCGCCUUGAUGCUAAGCGGAGAGCACCAGUGGACUCCUCUGUUGUCUGACCUUCAGUUCAGGCUCGGGCAUCCUGAGUCAGGUUCAUGCUCGGCCCCACCGCCACGCUGUGAUAAUGGUUCACUUUCCUCCCAGUGUUCUUUCCUGUUUCUGAGGAAUAUUAAUCAAAUGCUGAAUAUUGAUAGAUAAAUUCAUCAACAUUUCAGUUACAAGGGGGAAUAGGUAAAUAGUAUUGCAUGAUACGCAACAUUACCUAAUGUGAAUUUAGAACAUCUUUUGUGGCCGAGCAUUAUCAUUAAACAAACUUAAUUAGCUUCUCAUAGUGAGCAGUUUAUAUUACUUCAGCUUAACUUUUUUUGUAUUUUUUUACUGAAAUUAUAUUUGGGAUGAUAGACCUAUUUGAAACUAUGUGGGGCACAAAAUUGAGGUUUUAUAAUCAUUGAGGAAAGAUAAUUGCAGGUCCUACAGCUAAUAAUGUGCCUUAUGCUGCACUGGAUAUCAAUGAAUAGGAGUCACAUUUCUUUGAGUUACUUUAAUUCUGAGAGUGCACAAAUGUGAUGAUAAUAGAGUUGCCAGAAAUACCAUGAAUACACAAUACUCUAAAGUGCUAAGCAACACUAGUCCAUUGUACACCUAGUCGUGAAAUGAAAGUAUAAAUCCCAUUUAGGUGAUAAACACAGCCAUCACAAGAACAGUAGAACCAAAACUCAUCACAAUGAUAGUACUACAAUCAUAUAAUUGUUUUUAUUGCAUCACACAUCUAUAUCUCAAUUUUGAAGCUAAAACAAAUUGACUGCCACAAAAUUUUAAUGAAAACAUAAGGGUGUUUCAGCUUCGACAACUUAAUGCUGCAUACCAGUGAAACCUCUUUUAUAUUUUUCCAGCAUAUUAAUUCAAUAUGAAAUCCAUGUUCUUACAAGAAAGUUAAAUUUAGUAAAUAUAUAUAUAUAUAUAUAUAUAUAUAUAUAUAUAUAUAUAUAUAUAUAUAUAUAUAUAUAUAUAUAUAUAUAUAUAUAUAUAUAUUAGACAGUCCUUAGGUUGGGACCAACUGUCCUUCAUAACAUGAUUACAUAAGAUGUGGUCAUAUUCAGACUACAUUACAUCUAUUGGGAAGAAAUAUAUUUUUUUUCAGGAACACAUAGGUGUUACAUAUGAAAAAAUUAUAUGUAUAUUAUAUUUUCACACUUAUGCCAAAUCCCUAAUAUCCAUAGUCACAUAUAUAGUACACUGCAUUAUAUUGAACAAGUUUUAGUUUUCAGAUAACUUCUUUUAACAUGGGGUACAAAAUUCCAUUGUCUAAAAAUAGAGCUGUUGAUAAUAACCAAGCAUAGACUGAGCUACUAUUAAUUCAUUGAUACGGAGACAUUGGUGUCAACUUUCCUCCAAUUAUUAUCAUUAUUAUUUUUUCAUUAUUGUUUUUAAACAUUAAAAGUAUGUAUAUUUACACAUUUUAUGAUAAAUUAAGUGUUCCUCAUAAGGAGAAGUGUAUUUUUUUUAUUUGUUGAUGUCAUUGUGAUAUAAUCCAGUUAUACAAGUAAACUGAAAUAUCAUUAAUGAAAAUUUGUGCCAUAAGUAAGAAAUGUAAAGAGAAAAAGGCACGCUUAUGUUCAUGCAGCAUCACUGAGGGGAAUGAAACACAUUGGAUUAAUGGCAGAAGGAAGAAAAUACCCAACUGUACCAUAGUAGGUAAAUGAGGAAGGGAAUUUCUUUUCAAGGUUCAUCUUAUUAAGAGUCAUACAGGAUCUCGUUCAACAUACAUGUCAGUGCAACAACAGGAUUUAUGAGAGUCUUGUACCUGGCUGUUUUUUGUCACAUAUAACUUAAUAAUUUCUUUGUGAACUUUGCUAUGAUCUUUCUUCUUUCUCUGAAAGUAAUGUUGAUGAUCUCAUUUGCUGCCAUUCAUGUCCCCUGAUGAGUUAUCAGUGAUAAAUGGCAGUCCACAUUUGGCCUGUUUCCAAGUAGAGUCAUAUUUAGUAAUUCUGACUUGACUCUUGUUGCCUCAGCUCACACCUGUAACUAGAGGUGUUGAGAGGGAGGAACCUAAGGUGUUUCUCCACUAUUGUGUCCACUCUGGCUAACAGAUGCACAUGUUCACAGGAUGAUAUUUAAUUUACACUGCACACCAUCGUAGUGAAGGGGACAUAGUUUAGGGACUAACUGAUAAAGAAAUAGUGAAUGAAAUACUGAAGACUUUGAGGUAAGAAAGGCCAAUGAAACAAUGUUAAGUGUCUAGGUGAGUUGCUUUGUUGCUUCUCAUUCAACAGCUGCCAACCCUCACAUUGGGAUUCCAUAGAUAUGACAUCAAAUCUUUGGAAGGCUUAGUAGGAAUUUAUCCAAUAUUGUACAUCACAAAGUCUUGAAGUGGAAAUUGUAGAGUGAUCUUCAUGGAAGACCACUUUUAAGUAAAGAGAAAAUAUUGCAACUACUAUGUAGUAAUCUUGCAUUUUCUUUGGCUUUUACAUGUCAUAUCAUGAUGUAAAGAAAACAAUUCUUUAAAGCUGUAACUAUUUUAUAAAUAGUAAUGUGAUGCUGUUAUAAGAUUGCUUCCCAGUUAAUAUACCUCUAACCUUACAGUAUGUGUGCACACACUGAUUCUUCUGCCCUGUAUGUAUAUGCUGGUUUAUUGAAGUAUAUUGAGUUAGCUGUAUAAUAGUUGUGUAACCAUACAAAGCAACAGUUUUAUUUAAAACAUGACCAAGAGAGGUAGACAGAUAGACAAAGGAAGGAGAAUAGUAAAUCAAGAAAAUAUAAAGAAUUAGCUUAAAUAUUCAGUCUGAAAAUACAGGCAAAUGAAUAUUAUAAGCAUACAUUCAUUGACAGGAGUCACAGUCAUUUAAUGGCUGAAGUGUUGAUAUUACCAUGUGUUCAUUUGUUCUUUAAUCAGGAAAUUGGAUGCAGUUGUUUUGUUAUCAUCAUCAUUACCAUCAUCAUCGUUCAUCAUCACUUAUCAGUGUCCAGUCCUUACACUAUAAAAACAGGAUAGGAGAUCUGAAUUCAGAGAGAGCACCAAUAAUUUCAGUUGAACAUAAGCUAGAUCACUUGAAAUGAGUCAUACAUCCAAUCAGUGAUAAUCCUGGGCAUUUAAAACUUUCUAAGAUUCUGAGCACAUAAGAACAUAAGAAAAUAAGGGAAGCUGCAAGAAGCCAUCAGGCCUAUAUGUGGCAGUCCCUUUGUGGGGCUUUAUUAUUCUUUGAAGGAAAGACUGUGACUCCUAGCUAAGUCAAUAUUUUCAUGUCAUCUGAACACACAAUGCUUGCACAAUAGGAGUGGUGAUGAAUAUGACUUUUUUCAAGCAAGUAAAUCUAUCUACCUCUGCCAAACCAGAAAGAUUAUAUGAAACAUUGUAGAUUGAUCAGUGUUAAGUACCUUACCAAGCAGACUAUGGCUGUGUUCACAUGUUAAAUCCAAUAUAGGUUAAAUAUGAAACUUCAGCCCAUUUCUAUAUUUUCCCCAAACAGAUCACUAAGAGCAUUCUCGCUUAUUUUUUUGCAACUUACUGUGUGUCUGAAUUGGCUUAUACUGCACAAUAUACAAAGUCAUGUGUUUAAAUUAUUCAUUCCUGUGUUUGCUUUUAUGAUGUAGUACUGAGAGGAAAAUAUGAAUAUAACCUAAAUAGUUCCAAACUACUAUGGUACAGUAGCUACAAUGCUGACACAAUGAUGCUAUGUUGCAGUGAAAAUAGUCCCCAUAUAUUAUUAUUACUGGUCAUAAACAUGUAAUUUUUUUAUGAAGAUUGAUCAAUAUUUUACUUCAGAGGAACAUUUUUUAGUCAGGUAUUUCUUAUGUGCGUGUAUUGUCUUAGGAAUAUGAAUGAUUAUUGUGAUACUCAUACACAUAUAUAACAUAUGACUUUAAAGUAUUACAGUAUUAGUACUGGAUGGUGAAACUCAAAGCUAUGAAUAUAUUUUCAGUAGGGUCUUGCUUGGAAUAAAAAAAAAAUAAAAAAGAGAGAAUAGUCAUAGAAUUUUGGGUCAAACAAUGUUACACUUCAUUAAUAGUGGCAGCAAUUGGUUUCCAUGAUUAUUUUCUUUGGGAUGCAUUAAUAUGAAUCUUCACAUAUGUUAUUUGAUUGCAUUUACUUUGUCAUGUGUUCAAACUACAUAAUUUUGUACUAGUUUAAUUUUUUACUGAUGAUCAAAGGUGCCAUAAAUACUAGUCAGAAUUUGUAAUAAUUUUUCAUCAUAUUCCACCAAGUCUGAUGAAGUAUGCCUUCCAAGAUUGUAUAACUAAGGUACAAUGUAAGGCUUCAUGCUAUGUAUAUAUAUAUUUUUUUUUUAUGUAGUAGCUUGAUUAUGUUAAGUAGUGACUGCUGUGAAUGGAAGGCUUGCCAUUGUAGCUCAUGGAACAGAACAUUUAUUGACUCAAACCAGAGACGGCAGUUAUAUAUACAAUUAAUGGUCAACACCUUUAGUCAUUUUACAGACACAGAGCUUUAAAUUGAUGUGUACAGUUUGUGAGUUUUGUAUGUGGUCUGUAUAUCCCCCAUAUGGUUUGUGGAGAAAGCCAAGGGAAUGUUCCUGCUAUGCCUUAUUUUUGUUUCAGUUUUGGCAUUUCAGUAGUUAUCAUACAGUCAUAUGUAAUUAAUAUGUAUGUAGGUAGUGACUUAAAGGCACAAACUGUGCAUACAUUACCAUGUGUGUGUCACACAUUGUUUCUUUUACUUUCAAUAAAUGUAGAGAAAAUAAUAUGAACACUGGUAAAUUAAUAAAUAUUUUCUAUCCCCA